AGCAGCCGGGCGCCCCUGUCCGCGAGCUCGUCCCUGGACCAGCCCCGCACGGCCAGCCCGGUAGCCAAGCCCGCCGUGCAGAAGGUGUCCGUGGCCAUCGACGCGACCCCCGGCGCCAGGUCGUCCUCCGUUCUGCGCCAGCUCCCCAUCGAGCUUAGCAAGUCCAUGGACGAGACGACUCGCUGUGGCACUCAGCCCGAGGACGCGCCCAGCACCACGGCGGGCAUUACCAGGUCCACGCCGGCGCUCUGCUCGAGGCCGUCCCUGCAGCGCGGCGAGGCCGUGUCGGCCGACGAGCCCGACGGACCGGCCGCCGGCAGGGAGCGCCGCCGCAGCACCACGAGCGUCCACCUGGACCUGCAGCCCAGCGUGGUGGACAUCCUCGUGGCGCCGCAGACGUCGCCGCCGGCCUCCCCGCCGGCGCACCUCCACUCGUUCGUCGGGCCUCGGGACGUGAAUGUGACGUCGCGCGACGAGGCCGUCCCGGAGCAGUGCGGACCAGAAGAGGCUCUGGACAACAUGCGGCGCAGAAACUUCCCCAAGGUGCUCCCCGAUUUUCCGGGCGUAAGCUCCGGUGUUCCCAGCGGGGUCCCCGCUCAGCAGCUGCAGAUGAGCGCCAUGCAGCUGGCGGCGCGACGUCGCUCGCUGCCGCCAGGGCAGCUGCAGAUGCUGCGGACUUACCCCGGGCCGUACCCGACCAUCGACGAGGCUGACACGGGCGCGUACAAUCGGAUGAGACCGGCGCCUCCCCCCAGGAUCUCGUCGACGCUCGGCCGGAGACCUCAGCAACAG